AUGGGGGACGCCGCGGCGCCUCAGAGCAACGUCGCUCUAGCUGAAGAUGCAACGACUCUGCAAGGUGCGACCAGCCAAGCCAUCCAGAUCUCGAUAGACCGGGGUGGCACCUUUACAGACAUCCAUGCGUCAGUGCCUGGACGCGACGACAUCGUCCUCAAGGUGCUCUCGGUGGACCCGGCUAAUUACAGCGAUGCACCGACAGAGGGCAUCCGGCGAGUGUUGGAGCUGGUGACGGGGCAGCCGCACCCACGGGGAGUACCUCUGGACACGGCGUCGAUCGAACGCAUUCGCAUGGGCACAACGGUCGGCACCAACGCCCUGCUGGAGCGCAAGGGGGCGCGGUCCGCCCUUCUCAUCACCAAGGGCUUCAAGGACCUGCUGCGCAUCGGCACCCAGUCGCGCCCCCGCAUCUUUGACUUGACGGUGGCCAGGCCCGAUCUGCUGUACCAGGCCGUGGUCGAGGUGGACGAGCGCGUCGUCAGGGUUCUGCGUGAGCCGGACAUGGCCGUGGUGCGUGACUUGCUCGAGGGGCUCUGGCAACAGGGCUUCCGGUCGCUCUCCGUCGUGCUGAUGCACUCAUACGUCUACCCUGAGCACGAGCGGCGUGUGGGAGCACUGGCAGCGCAGAUGGGCUUCUCCGUCGUCGAGUCCGCAGCGCUGCAGCCCAUGAUCAAAGCAGUGCCGCGCGGCAUGUCGGCGACAGCUGACGCCUACCUGACGCCUAUAAUAAAGCAGUACAUUGACUCCAUCUCGAGCAAUUUCCGCGGUGGACUGGCGGCCCCGGGCUUGCGCUGCGAGUUCAUGCAAUCGGACGGUGGCUUGGUCGACUUCCGCGGCUUCAGCGGCCUCAAGAGUAUCCUGUCCGGCCCUGCUGGCGGUGUUGUCGGCUAUGCGCAAACCUCAUGGGACAAUGAGCAGCGCAAGCCGGUCAUCGGCUUCGACAUGGGCGGCACCUCGACCGAUGUGUCGCGCUUCGCCGGCACGUAUGAGCAUGUCUUCGAGACAGUCACGGCUGGCAUCUCGAUACAGUCGCCACAACUUGACAUCAUCACGGUCGCUGCUGGAGGUGGUUCGAUGCUGUUUUGGCGUAACGGACUCUUUGCCGUCGGUCCCGAGUCGGCCGGAGCGCACCCAGGUCCCGCCUGCUACCGCAAAGGCGGUCCUCUGACCAUUACCGACGCCAAUGUCUUCCUGGGCCGCGUUGUGCCCGAAUACUUCCCCAAGAUCUUUGGUCCCAACGAAGACGAGCCCCUCGACACCCAGGUCGUCGCCGACAAGUUCGCGCAGUUGACGGCCGAAAUCAACGCCGACAACCAGGCGGCCGGCCGCAACGAACUCACCGCUGAGCAAGUCGCGCUUGGAUUCCUCCGAGUAGCAUCCGAGGUCAUGGCACGACCCAUCCGCGCGCUCACCGAGGCGCGAGGCUUCGAUGCGUCCGACCACAUUCUGUCGUGCUUUGGCGGCGCCGGUGGCCAGCACGCCUGCGACGUGGCUCAGGCACUGUCCAUCUCCCAGGUCGUCAUCCACAAGUACUCAUCUAUCCUGUCGGCCUACGGCCUUGCCCUAGCCGAUCUGGUACACGAGACGCAGCGGCCGGCCGCAAUCACCUUCACAGCGAACAACUACGACGAGAUCACCAAGGUCCUUUCCGAGUUGUCGGCUGCUGCGUCAGACCAUCUGGUGGGUCAGAAGGUGGACAGGGAGCUCAUCCGGCUGGAGUUGUACCUUAACAUGCGGUACGAGGGCUCCAACUCGUCCUUUAUGGUUAUGCAAGAGUCAGGUGAAGAAAUUGGCAGCUUCCAGAGGUCUUUCGAGGAACGGCAUCUGCGUGAAUUUGGCUUCGUCUUCCCCGGCAAGAAGAUCCUGAUCGACGACUUCCGCGUACGUGCCAUCGGCUCCACUGCUAGUAGCGCUGGGAGCUCGCCGUACCAGCAGCGGAAGCACGUCGCCAACAAGGUUGUUACUCUUCCAACCCCCGAGAUGAUCACCAAGGUGUGCUUCGAGGCCCAACUGAAGCGUGUCGACACUCCUAUCUACCUGAUGGCCAAGCUGGAGCCAGGCUCGACGAUACCUGGUCCCGCGCUUGUCCUUGACAACACACAGACCCUCUUGGUAGUGCCUGGCACGGUGGCGACCAUCUUGGAGAGUAGCGUAAUGAUUGAUCUGGAGGAUGAGCAGCAGAGCGCUCAAGUCGAGCAGGCAGGAGUCCAGACUUCUGAGGAUGAGGUGAACCCCAUCAAGUUGUCUAUUUUCAGCCACAGAUUCAUGUCCAUUGCCGAGCAGAUGGGCCGCACCCUGCAGAAGACGGCAGUCUCAACAAACAUCAAGGAGCGUCUCGACUUCUCGUGUGCCCUGUUCUCGCCCGAUGGCGGCCUCGUUGCCAACGCACCUCACGUUCCUGUGCAUUUAGGCAGCAUGCAGUUCUGCGUGCGGCACAUGCACGAGAUGUGGAAGGGCAGACUGUUCGACGGCGAUGUGCUCGUCUCCAACCACCCAGAGAGCGGCGGCACACAUCUGCCGGACAUUACCGUCGUCACGCCCGUGUUUGAUGAUAGUGGCAAAGAUAUUGUCUUUUAUGUGGCGUCGCGUGGCCACCACGCCGACAUUGGAGGCAGCCUGCCUGGAUCGAUGCCGCCUGACUCUAAAUGGCUGUAUGAAGAAGGUGCCGCCAUCCUUGGCGAGAAGCUCGUGAGCAACGGCUGCUUCAACGAGGACAGGAUAAUCGAGCUGCUGGUACAUGAGCCGGCCAAGCAUCCGGGCAUAUCGGGCACGCGAGGGCUGGCAGACAACCUGUCGGAUCUCAAGGCGCAGGUGGCGGCCAACCAGCAAGGAAUCAACCUGAUCCGGGCGCUGAUUCAGGAGCAUGGCAUGGAGCAAGUACACCGCUACAUGUUUGCGAUCCAAGAUAACGCAGAGCAAGCAGUGAGAGCGCUGCUUCGGAGGAUGAAGGCAAAGCAUGAGGCCGGGGGUUCAACAGCGGACGCCCCGCCGCCCUUACGAGCUGUUGACUACAUGGACGAUGGCACACCCAUCGCCCUAGCGGUCAGCAUUGACAGUGAGAAGGGAUCGGCUGUGUUUGACUUUACCGGCACGGGUCCGCAGGUAUACGGCAACACCAACGCGCCCAUGGCCAUCACGCACUCUGCCAUCAUCUACUGCCUGCGGGCGUUGGUUGCGUCCGACAUCCCCCUCAACCAGGGCUGUCUGAAACCAAUCGAGGUGCGAGUGCCGCCACGCUCGAUUCUUGCGCCGGCGGCGGGGGCGUCUGUUGUCGGCGGCAACGUACUCACGUCACAACGCAUCACCGACGUGGUCCUGACAGCCUUUGGCGCCUGCGCCGACAGCUCAGGCUGCAUGAACAACCUCACAUUCGGCAUCGGGGGCAAGAAGCAAGGGGCCGACGGCCAAGAGACGCUCGAGAAGGGCUUUGGCUGCUACGAGACCAUUGGCGGCGGCGCGGGUGCCGGUCCAAGCUGGGACGGAACAAGUGGCGUGCACACACACAUGACCAACACGCGCAUCACGGACCCCGAGGUGCUCGAGAAGCGGUACCCAGUCCUGCUGCACGAGUUCAGCAUCCGUCCCGAAUCAGGUGGCACCGGCGCACGGCCUGGUGGCAACGGCAUUGUGCGCGACAUUGAGUUCACUGUUCCGGGCGUACAGGUCUCCAUUCUCUCUGAACGCCGCGCACGCGCACCCAAGGGAGCUGCUGGGGGUGGUGAUGGUGCUCCAGGGAGGAAUCUGUGGGUUCGCAAGGCGGAUGGUCUGGUCGUCAACAUGGGCGGCAAGGCCACUGCGACUUUUGCGUGCGGCGACCGGAUCGUCAUCCAGACUCCUGGUGGUGGUGCCUGGGGUGCAAAAGCAAUCUAGGUCAUGAGGCUCCAUCGCCCACAUUACAUAUAUUCCAAUACCCCGUACUCGAGGACUUCACUAGGCGCAUAAAUGUUGAGAUUAAAGAGAU